AUGGACGCAGUCAUCUCUCAAAUUCACACCUUGGCCCAAUCCGCCGAUGAUGCGGGUCGAUUGGACAUUCAAAAGGCUCUUCGGGAUAUUCAGAUGGAUAUUCAGUCUCCACAAGAUACGUUAAUGGAGUUCGGAAACUCAAAUCUUCUCAUCGCUAUGCUCCGUCUCGGGGUAGACCUUGGAGUUUUUCGUGACCUGAGCAAGACCAAUGGGUCUUUGACUGUCAAUCAGCUGGCUCAUAUCUAUGAUGCAUCCCCUACCUUUAUGGGUAUGAUGAACAUCUUAAAAGAUCUUCACUCAACCCUAGAACGUCCUAUCGCUAAUUUUAUCCCAAUAGAAAGGGUUCUUCGCUAUCUAGCCUCUACGAAUAUGAUCAUGGAGGUUGGUAUCAACGAAUACCGAGCAAACAAGAUCACCUACGUUCUAGCUGAUCCUAGAGGCGAGGGUAUGGCUCAACACGGAUUUGAUAUCUUUGGCCCUAUAGCUCAAGCUAUGCCCGAAUUUUUCAUGAAGAGAAAGUAUCAAGAUCUUACCAGUAACACGGAUACGCCAUUCCAAAAAGCUUUCAACACUAAUCUAGCCUGCUUCGACUGGCUCAUUCAGCAUCCCAAGCAUUUUGGCUCUCUCCAGAAAGUCAUGACCGCACUUGAAGGUGCGGAAUGGACUGUUGGUUUUGAUCUUAUCAAGUCAGAGGCUGAAAAGAUCAAGUCCAUCACCCUGCAGCCAUCUGAGAGGCCAUUUCUUGUGGAUGUUGGUGGUGGUCAUGGCCAUCAAUGUGUUCAGCUGGGAAAGACAUACCCCAACCUUCUCGGUCACCUUGUCUUGCAAGAUCUGCCCGAGGCAGUUGACAGAUUGUCCCCAAUUGAAGGAGUUAGAGUCGAAGCCCACGACUUUUUCCAGAAGCAACCCAUCACAGCUUACACCUUGGUAGAUGCAAAAUUCUAUUACCUGCGAAGGAUCAUGCACGAUUGGCCCGACAAGGAGGCGGCUUCCAUUCUUCAGAACAUUGGUAGUGUCAUGGCCUCUGAUGCUCGCAUUCUGAUUGACGACGUUGUCUUACCGGACACCGGUGCUCAUUGGCAAGCUACCAUGGCAGAUUUAUCAAUGAUGUUCGCCUUUGGAGGGAAAGAGCGAUCGAAGAAGCAAUGGGAUUCCCUGGCAGAGUGUGCUGGUCUGCGAGUCGAACAGAUCCACACUUAUGUUGCCGCCAGCUACACGUCCAUUGUUGUUCUUGCUCGGAAGUAG